AUGCCGGUGACGUCAGAUUCCCUUCCGAAUGCGGAAGAGCUGGAGAUCAUCGGGCGCUUGCAGCAGCGCUUUGCCAACGCCUUCUCCGAGCGUGAGCAAAGAGGGCGACUUUACCCGGCGCUUUUUGGAGAACUGGCCUUGACACGCAUCCUUCGGCAGAACAAGAAUGACUUCGAGGCAUCUGCCACGUGGCUCGAAAAUUUCCUCGAGAUUUUCGCAGAGCUCCGUGGUGACGAGGUCAUGCCAGGACUGAUUGCCAAACUGGAUGAGAUCCAAGCUCAGGGACGUCUAGUAUGCACUGACGACCUUCCAGGCCACAGCGAGAUCAAAAGCUAUUCCUCCCUCAUCUACAAUGCCGAGCAGUUGACCAAGACAGGCGAUCCUCUCAGUUUUUUCCCGCUCAGUGAGCUUAACAAGCACCAGAUCAUAGCUCGCGGCCUUUUUGAUCGCUACGAGCUGGUUGUGCUUCACGGCUGGUUGUUUCGAGCGGUGGAGCUCGAUCGGAUGAGCCGACAGCAGGGACGCCUUUGUCGAGUCGUGAAUGUCAUCGAUGCCUCCGGGUGCACCUUGUCCAAGGUGAUUUGCCGGGACUUUGACCGGCGAGCAGAGAAGAUGAUGCAGCGGUUGGAGAAGCUGGUACCAGACCUUACCGCCGGAAACUGGGUGAUCAACGCGCCGUGGAUCAUGCAGAAGAUCUUCCCUUGGGCCAAGAAGACCUUGAAGAUCAAGGUAGACAACUGGUUCCUCUGCCAGGGCAAUGGCGAGCAGGACGAGGAUUUGCUCUGCUUGGUGACCGUGGAGACCUUGCGAGAGCUCGGAGCAUUCCGUCAGAAGGCCAAGGAGGAGAACGACCAGCGAAGUGCAGAUUUCCACUACAUCAAGCGAGGUAGCGUUUUGGAGCAUGCCGUAGAGGUGAAGUGCGGCCAGCGCAUUUCUUGGAAGUUCAUCGUCCUGCCCGGUGGGCCGAUGCUUCCACCACCUGAGGUGGACUUCGGGGUAGUGGCCGUUUGGGAUGUUCCCGACGACACUGCAGCCGUGCCUUCCCGUCCCUCCCCCGUCCGCGGCACGACGGCUCGGCAGGAACGCACGGGCAUGGUCGUCGAGGAUGGCAGUGCGGUGGAUUUGGUGUCAAGUGAGGCCGACGAGGUGGAUGACUACCAGGGGCUGCAGGAGGAGGUCUUGUGCGACUUCAAGCGCUGGGGCACAGUUGACCUGGAAAACUCCGGCACGGUCACUGCACAGAAGUCUGGCAUGGUCGUGCUGCGAUGGAGCAACGAGCAUCUUGGCAGCGAGCCGCAGGGCUGGGGAGUUUGCACCGUGAAUGUGCGGUAA